AGAAAAUGAGCACUUGUUUGACUUUGAACUCUUGUUUCGAUUCGUCAUUUUGUUACAUUCACCAGUCGUCACAGUAAUCAAUUUCUAACGUUAGAUCUGAUCAACUAAACCCAUUUUCUUCGACCAUUGCAAUGGCGACUAGAUUAAAUGACUUAAAACGAUUGUGAUUUGACGAUAUUCUGAAUCUGAGCUGGAACUGUUGUGACUUGUUAUUGUUAGCAGUUACUAGAGCCCGCCGCCGCCCGAGCUACGGGGAGACGAGGAUGCUACCACUCUGCGAUAUUCCGACCUCAUGCUUCUUGUGCUGGUGAACUCUAUUCCUAGCAGUGGCAUUUUGUACAAUGUCAUUAUCAGAGACGUAAUGCAAGUGAUCUUUGAAGAUGGUUGGAAUAUUGUCUGAAUCUUGGAUCAUGCCUUUCUUAAAAAUUUGAGUUUCUUCACAUGAUCAACUAAAGAAUCCUUCAUUUGACUCGGGACUGAUGACAGUUAUUGCCAAGACAAGGAAUGGAUGUGUCAACAGUCUUGCUUACAAUCUUGAUACCUCUGCUGGCAUGCAGUGUGUACUACUGCCUUCAUCUUAAGCAACAACUUGCCGCCUUUGUGACUACAACUGAGGAAUUCAGUGACACCAUUCCUCUAAGUCAAGAAAGAAACCAUGCCAACAGUUCCCAGAAUUGGCUAACAUAUCUUGAAGAUUGGGGCAGCAGUGGUUGGUGUCAGGGUACAACUAAUGUUGACAGGCGUUGUAUUUUCCACAAUCUUUGCUACCACUCCAAAUACAAUGAGUUUGUUUUCCUGCAUGCUCCAUACACCAUUAAUGAAGGGAUCCCGGAUGAUCGCCAGCAGCCAGCUCUUGCUGAUCUAUCUUCUGUACCAGAUCAUAACACCCAGUACUUUGGUUAUGUGGAUGUUCCAAGUUCUGCUGUGCAAUCAAUGAAGAAUAUCUCUUAUCAGGAAGGAAAGUACCUGCUUUUCAAUCGUUUCAACACCGGUAAUCUUAUGCACGUGUUUCAUGAUGAUCUCUUACCUGUCUUUUACACUCAGCUUCAGCUGGGUCUUCUCAAUAUGCGAUCUGGUAUAAAAGCUGCAACGCUACUCAUCAAUGAUGGCCAGGAAGAAGGGCCCUUUUUUCAUCUUUAUAAGCACAUCUCAAAACAGAUGCCUAUUCUUACUCAUCAAUUAUCUCAAGAUGAUUCAUCAAGUUUGGUCUGUUUUGAAGAAGUGCAUGUAGGACUAAAUAAGUUGACCACCUGGUAUCAAUAUGGUUUUGAUGUCCCUCAAGGUCCUCUGGAAGACAUUGCUGUCACCUCUAAAGAAAUCAGAUUGUUCACAUCCUCUUACAAAUCCAAAUUAAACAUCCCUAGUUGUGAAUCCCAAACAGAAACUGAAAUUGAGAAUAUGUUUGUUAUUCUGUCGAGGAGAAGUAAUAGGCUCAUUUUGAAUGAAGUGGAAUUGAGUUUAGCACUGGCACAACAUUUUGACGCAUUUGUCGUUGUAGCAAGUUUAGAGACGCAUUCUUUAUCAGAACUUAUAGGAUUGAUAUCUUGCUCUAAAGGUCUGAUUGGUGUUCAUGGUUCCCUGCUCUCAAUGUCCAUUUUCCUUCCUCCAGGUUCGAUCUUAGUCGAGAUCUUUCCUUAUGCAGUGAAUCCAGACAACUACACACCUUACAGGACAUUGGCUCACCUCAAGGGAAUGAACAUCAUUUACCGAACAUGGAGAAACAUUCUUGAGAAUAACACAGUCACGUACCCUGAUGCAGAGCCGGACCUCGGAGGCAUCACUCACCUAGAGUCAGAGAUCCGGGAUCAGAUCUUAGAAAGUUCAGAGGUUCCUCCUCACCUAUGUUGCAAUGAUCCGGCAUGGUUGUUUAGAAUCUAUCAGGACACCAUAGUCGAUAUCAACAGUUUCGUGGAAGCAGUCAGAGAUGCUCUUCAAAAAUCUGAGGAAAGGGACAUCGAGGAGGAGAUUAGGAAAGUACCCUUCCAGCCUGGAGCUGUCCUAGAGCUUUCCUGCUCCACCAUUCCUCUUUCAUCUCAGAGUGCAUCAAGUGAUGAUGAUGAUUAUGAAGUUGGCCUUCUAUUGUCAUGGAAACCACCUUGGAACAUUCCUGUCAUUCAGAAGACUACCAAAGCUGGUUACCCCAUCACAGUGGAAUACGAGGUGAUGAUACAAGAACAGGGGAUGGGUGACUUAUAUGCAGGGGCGUUUAGAUUGUCCAUGACUUCUCAUCUAUUCAAAGGAAAUUUCAAGAAUAGUCAUGUGUACUUCACAUGGGUAAGAUGUGUAGCAGGCGAUGUGGCUGGGCCGUAUGUUGCAAUCACCUCUUGUCCUUACAUUGAGAACUGAAAAGUCAAUUACUUUCCACUACGUUCACUCAUAAAACAUUGAUGGAAAGAAAAAGAAAGACAUCAGUUUUGUGCAAUAUUUUGACCAGUACCUGUUUGACUAUACAUGCAUCAUUAAGUAAUAUCCUCAUGUCAGAUUGAGUGUCAAGAAAUUAAAGGAUGCUUUGGAUACCCAGCUUGAUUGGCUUUGGAGAAAAUUUUAGGAUUG